GAAAGUUAUAUUAAUCCUAGAUAUAUAGAUAGAUAUUCAUUUAUCUCCGACUACAUUUACAGCCAGACUUCUUCAUCAAACAUCAUGUCACGGAGAAGCUCACGAUUAGACUCCCAAGGAUACUACAACAAUGAUGGACUACCAAUCAUUUGCUACAAGGAACACCUGAACAGGACUGUUAACAGCAGAUGUUUGAGGAUCUCUUCAUGCAGUAGUAGAGCAGAGUCCACAAGAUACCUAGAAAGACACAAAACCAGCACCAGAAACAUAAAUAAUAACAUAAUAACAAACAUGGACAAGAACAGAAAGAGUUACAAAGACAGCAAGCAAAUUAGUGACUAUGACAGCAACGAAAUGAGCGACUCCUACAGAAACGAUGUCAACAACACAAGUAGUAACAGACACAGAAACAGCAGGUUCUCCACUAUAUUCAACCAAAAUAUGUUUGGCUUUCUCUUCUUCAUACUCGUCCUGUAUUUUGGAUUUGCAUGCAGAGAAGAGUUUCUCAGAUUAAACAAAGACACAAUGACCAACUUCAAGGGUCAAGUAAACACAUUGAGUGAAGAGAUUCUCACAUUAAACAAAGUCCUGAACUCCCUGCAACCGGUGGCGGACACUAUGCCCAACUUCGCUCUGGAGAGUCAAGUAAACACAUUAAGUGAAGAGAUUCUCAGAUUAAACAAAGUCCUGAACUCCCUGCAACCGGUGGCGGACACUAUGCCCAACUUCGCUCUGGAGAGUCAACAGGCAAGAGUUUUACUUGAUCAGUCUUCACAAACGUACUCCAAACGAAGAAGCUGCGCCUAUCUUUUUGGAAUGUUUUGUAAACGACCUGUACACCCAAGGACAGUCCUUCAGGGAGGCUCACCCCCCGGACGGUGCUGGCCCUUUGAAGGUGGGCGGGGGCAUUUAUUCAUUGCCCUGUCACACCCAGUCUACAUCAGCCAUGUGACACUAGGUCACAUUUCAAAGAACUUGUCCCCAACUGGCAUCAUUCCUAGCGCCCCAAAGACGUUUUCUGUCUAUGGCAUGAAUACUUUAGAUGACAAAGGAACCUAUCUAGGAACCUUUCUGUAUGAUCAGGACGGGGACGCAACACAAACUUUUGAGCUACCUGAUCAUGGAAAAGUUGUCUUCAAAUACGUGAAACUACAAGUUGAGAGCAACUGGGGUCACCCCGACUACACCUGUCUGUACAACUUCAGAGUUCACGGAAAGCUGGCAGAAGUUACAGACGGGAAGGAGAUCCCCAUCACCGUCCGGGCUCCUCCGGCCGCCGCCAUCCCGGCCGCCCCGCGGGGGAAGAAGCGUCCCGCGAGCCCGGCGGCUGGUUCCGCUCAGCCGGUCCCCGGGAGCAGCAAGAAGAAGAAAGGGCAGCUGACAGCCACACCAGCGGCGACACAGACACAGAUAACAGCAGCAGAGUCGGUGGCGGAGGUGAAGGCAGUGGGAACAGUUGAAAUCGCUCCAAAUGUUCUCUCAGAGUCAACAGCGAAGCCUCCACCGUUCAAAGACCCCGCCUUCGUGCAUUCUGGGAUUGGUGGAGCAGCAGCGGGUAAAAAGAACCGGACCUGGAAAAAUCUCAAACAGAUUCUGGCUUUGGAGCGGACUUUACCCUGGAAGCUUGAUGAUCCCAACUACUACAGCAUUGAGGCCCCUCCCUCCUUGAAGCCAACCAAGAAAUACUCUGACAUCUCUGGACUCCCUGCAAACUACACAGACCCUCAGACAAAGCUCCGCUUCACGUCCUCUGAGGAGUUCUCCUACAUCCGCCUCCUCCCCACUGAUGUAGUGACCGGAUACCUGGCCCUUCGAAAGGCAACAUGCAUCGUCCCCUGACAGCCGAGCAAGACUUGAAGAGUGAAAUACAUUUAAACCCGAGCUGAACUCAUGUUUGUGUUUGAGCUGUCGGGCCUGCAAGGAACCAAUGAGAGCGCUGUCUCCACAGAGAGGACACGGAGAAGUGCACUUCUUAAAUGAACAGAUGGUGCCACCAAACAUUUGCACAGCUGUUUUAGGAAAGGCUUUAACUUAUUAUUCAGAGUUACUGUGUGACAAAUAAAUGCAACAAAUAGUAUACUUUAUUUGAAUGCUUAUUCUCUUUACGAGACAUGUUUGUUGUCUGUAGCUGGAUAUCAUAAUUUCACUGUGAGAGAAUGUAUGACAAGUGUUAUCUUUAAUGAUAUUUGUUCCCGAUACAUUUGAAAGCUUGAUGUGGAUUUGCUCCUGCUAAAUCACAUGGAAUUACAGGAUGCUGUGCGCCCCCUUGUGGUAGAACAUUCAGGGGGGUAACAAUAAAAAAAGCUGUUGGAAGAAGUUUGCCCAUUUUAGAAUGAUUGUUACUUUUUACAAGUAGCUCAUUGAACCUUACUUGAAUACGUUUGAUUUCAGUUUAUCUCUUAUUCAUCUGUGUUUUCUAAUAUGUUUUGUAUGAAUAAAUAUUUCUAAGUGAUACAUUUAGAAAAAUCGAUGUCUGU